AGCGAGACGUGUGUCCAUAAGGAGACCACCACGCGCCACUCCAGUGUGUACUACUUACUGCUCCAUCUCCAUUGCUCUUCAACUUCAUCUUCAUCUUCUGCUCUCCCACCUCCUGUUCCAAUUUUCCAAACCCUAUAUCCUAUUCAUUAAAAAACUAAAGAGGGUUUUUCUAUUUAAUCAAGAUUUUUAGGAGAAAUUAGAAAAUACAAAGGAGAAAUCGGCAAUGGGUCAGGCACUUCGCCGAGCUGCUGGAAGAAUCCGACCCUCUUCCAGCAUUGAAACGACGUCGGCGAAGCCAAAGACCGUUGUCGUCGAUAAGCGGCCUCCUCCUCUGGGCCCCACCGAAUCGGCGGAGAUCUCCAAGGCCGGCGACGCUCUUAAUUCUGAUGGUAGUGCAGCAACAGCAGCAGAAGCAGAAGCAGAAGCAGCCAACGUUGAGAAUGUGCUUGAAGAACGAGAUCCAAGCUACGACGCCAUGCUUAAUCAAAUGGUGGGUAGAAUUAAAUCAAAGCCCGGAGGAAAACUGGAGAUGGGUGAGGCAUUUGUGGUGGAAAAGUAUAAGAGGCCUCUACCAAAGCUGAGAGAUACAAAGCCAGAUUCAGGCAGGUACGAGGAGAGGCCGGCUGCUCCAGGAACUCUGAAUGUGGCGCAGCUGCGCCACAUAAUCCUCCUCCAUCAGGGCAAGGCAGAGGAUCACAAUGGCCCCAUGGAGGCGGACCAAAUCGCCGACAAGUUCCAGGUUGAUGUCGCGGAGGUUCGGAGGAUCUUGCAGUUUGUAUCACUGCCCCCAGAGGACAGCAGCAAACAGAAGAACAAUCCUUGAAGAAGACACGGGCAGAUAACUUUGGUGUCUACCAUUCUCCUUUCAUCACCGGCACUACUGGUUGGGUGUUCUGUUGAAUAAAACUGGCUCGCAUACAAAUUUGAAAAUAUCAGAGAAUCUAUACUUUGGCAGCAUCUGUAACAUGUAGGAAAUUUUGUACCUAGCGUUUGGGUACUGAGAAAGGCAAUUACAAAACUUAUAACUUUUGUUGAGGUAUUUGAUUUGAACACAAAUUGAGAAUCUGUUUCAUGUUA